AUGGCAUCAGAUUCUGAAAUGAACAAUGCCUUUGAUGAAAGUGGAGUUGGUGAUGCCGACUCUCUGGCAUCUACCGCAGCAAGUGAAGAGGAAACCGAGUAUCUCGUGAAUGACAUCCAUGCGGAACGGAGGUUCUUCGUAGAACCGGAUUCUGAGGAUGACGAGGGCAUCUUUAUCACUCAGUAUUUGGUCGAGUGGGCUGGACAGGUGCAGUUGGGAGCCGAAGGAAAUGUUCACUUCGGAAGAGACUCUAGAUGGCUGGGAAGAGAAAAAAAGCAGAUCGCGGAGGGCAAGGUGACUCCCUUCGAUCUCAAGUCAUGGGAGAAGCAUACGGCCUUGUUGGAGAACAAGAAAAAGAAGCGAAAAGAAGAGCGAAGGCGCAAACGAGAACAAAGGGCACGUAAGAAAAGCCUCCCUCGGGCUGGCUCGUCUCGACUGGCCAAUCCCGAUGUUGUAGAUUUCCAUGAGCCCGAAGCAGGUAUUGCAUCACACCGAUCCAGUCGCCUCUCCGUCGAUUCCACCGCUUCGGCCUUGUUUGUUCCAUCUGAAACCCCUCCCCCAUCAAAAAAGGUGACGUCUCGCCAAUCGCAGCAACAAAUAGCACCUCCGGGAUCAGCUAUCUCCAGCGCGCAAGCAACUCAGAAAGAUCCUCUGAAAUCAACAACAUUGAGUGCACAAACGCCAACAACCCUAAGCCAGCUUCCAAACUCCCGAUUUGCUCAGCUCGCAAAGAAGAGUACUGCCAAGCAGAAAGCCCCGGUGCGCCAGAAGAGCCCACCACAAGUACCAAGGCCAAUAUUGUCUUCUUUUGGUACGGGCCCGGGGGCCAAGCGCGCAUACCGUGAUAAUAAAUGGGGCGAACGAGCACCGGAUUUGUCACAGAUGGAGCUGAUGAAGCCUUCUGAAUUUGCACCAAGGAUGAACAUAGGCUCCACUACCUCAGUCGUGGGUCCAUCUGUAACAAGUCUCAAAUCCCCGGAAGCCCAAAAUCAACCUGCUCCUGAGAAUCCAGUCAGCCUGCCUGAUCGACUAAAGCCAGGCACUGGUCAAAUAAGCGAUAAAGCUGUAGAGCAGCCAAAGAAACCUAUUGUUCUCGCGCCCUCAUCAGUCAUGGCUCCUCCAGUGCCUCGCUCUUCGAACUUAGGCUUCACUACAUCGGUUUCCUCGUCGGCUGUGUUGCCUGCCCCCAGUGCGCCGUCGAAUCUAGAGAGACCUGUUGGCCCCGUAGAUUCCACUAUCUCUAUUUCCUCGCCAGCUACCCAAUCAAACCCCGUUCCACAGGCCAAUCUCAUCCAGCCUGGCGAUUCUGCCAAUUCUAUUGUCUCUAUUGUUUCGCCGCCAGGUGAGGCUCCUUUGAAGAAUCCUGCUGGGCGGUCAACCUCUGCCCUUACUGCGUUCUCGCCAGCUUCUUAUCCCCCGUCACAGGUCAAUAUCGACAGGCCUGCCGGUCCUUCGGUGUCUACUAGCUCAGUCUUCCCUUCAGCUAUUCUUUCGGGGACCCGUACGGAGGCUACUUCGAUGAAAUCUGCUAGACUCACGGGUUCUAACCUUACUCCUUUCUCGCCAGCCAUUCCGACCAAGCCCCGUGCAAUGGUCGGUCUCGACAGGCCUACUGAGAAUCGAGACUCGCAAGAAAGCCGAGAGACAAUCCGAGGUUGGGACAGCUAUAGACCAGACUCAUCCAGAAAACCUAACACAAUCAUGGCCGAUACCUACCGACCGUCAGAGCUCUCUCGUCGGCCAUCGCCCUCUCGACGAUCACCACUCCGUCGACGAUCGCCACCCUCUCGUCGGUCACGGUCACGGUCACCACUCCGUCGACGGUCUCCUUCUCGUCGGUCACGGUCCCCGGGUCGAGCACCAAGAUCUUCUUUCCGUGAUGCGAGUGGUAGUUACGCACCUCGUAGCCCAUCUCCGAAUUAUUCUCAGCUUGCGUCAAGAUCCUCAAACUCAAUGGGGUUGAAUGAAAACCUAUCAGCCAAAGCCGAAGCACUUGCUCCCACCGAAUCCGGAGCUGGAGCAUCUGGUCAGCCUAGGGCUUUCAUCGCGACCCAAAUUCCAAAAAUGCCGGCGCGUAUGGCUUGGCCGCCUAUUCGCCUCAAGAUUGGUCAAUACUGGUGCUUCAAGGGAGAAGCUCUUAUUCACGUGUUUGUCGGGCCCAACAGGAGACCCCUUGGUGCUUUCAGAUUAUGCGGCAUCCGUUCACAGGUCCAGCAAUCUUUGAUUCUUGCUAACAAAAUGAACACACACCAAGUUGAGGUUUGGUUUAAGCACCUGUGCACAGUCAGAGACUACGAAAGAUUAUGCGAAUCCAGUGAGAUGAAUUCUGUGCUGAGUACCGGCUGGAUCGAGGGCUUCAGCGACACCAGCAAAAAUCUCUUUGAUCUAGCAGAGGAUCUGCGAAAGGACGACCUCAUCGCCAUUCACUAUCCUAUGGGGAACAGAGACAGUGCGGGAAUUGUCUGGGUUGUUUGGUCACGCGGGUCACAGGAAUUUAAGUUUCCACGUCCUAAUGAUGAAGUGCCACCCGACGUUCCUCUACUCAUUGCCGCUCGCACUAUGCUCGCACCGAUAAAAGUUCUAGGAGCAGCUGGAUCUAGCCUGCCCAGCGGGCGACCCAGUGGGCUUUUGCCAGAUACAUCUUCACUGCGCCUCGAGCCUAGUGCAGAUGAUGGCCUAGAGUCUGGCAGUCCCAGACAGUCAAACUUCCAUGAUAUGAGAAUGAGUGGAUCCUUGCAACCGCGAAAGAUGCCGGCCCCAGCGAUUCAAAGCUUUUCGCCCGCAAGUGAGCUCAAGGAUAAUUUAAUUGGCGCUAACCCACCCCAAGCAAAAAUUGCAGAUCAAGCGGACCAAGCCGGCCACCAAACGGUUGAAGAGUUCUUGAAGAAAACCCUCAAAAUCAAUGUGGAAGAACUUGCGACAAUUGAGGAAGGCGGGAAACCUUCAAAAGCUGGUAUUUUCUAUUUGCACUUUCCCUCGGGCAAUGAAGAAGUACAAGAAGAAUUGCAACUUUUGAAGGCACACCUCCUGGAGUACCAUGAGAAGAUUGUAUUAACAAGCGACAAUCCUGGAGAUUGGGAAAAAUUUGUGCAGAACAGCAGACAGGGCGUGGCCAUAUUUCACGAAUCAUUCGUCAGAUACGAUACGUUGCAGCCUCCGCUCAAUUCUGUGCUUCCUACCCAUUCGUUCAACUAUUGGAUUGUUCGCAUUCGCAGACCACUCGAAUUAGUUGAUCCCCGCUUUUGUUCACCUAGUGACCACCAUCUACGCAUAUUUCCAUAUGGCGGUGUCAUACUUCUCACUGAAGACGUAUUGACAGACCUAAAAGGGGUGGCCGUCACUCUCCAAUGGAUUCGGAAUGCAAACAGGAACAAGCGCAAAUCUUGGACCUUGAUGUUCCCUCCCCGCAUACUUGAAUGGAUCGAAAGGAGACUCGACGAUGAAAAUCACUCACAAGAUCAUGGACUUCUGCUGCUUAUCCGCACGUUGAUCAUCAAGAACAACGUCAUGGACCCUCGUACAGCCUUGUUCGAUGAAGCCAGUCUACAGCCUAACUCAAAAAGCAACGUCAUCGCACCUUCUAUUAAUGAAUACGAAAAAGUCGAACGCGACGCAGAUCAUCUGAUCGAAUUCUUCGCUGGGUGGUCACUGAUUAACAUACCACGUUUCCGGAACUUCAUUGCUGUCACCUCUCUCAAUGCCCCCGCUGCACGAUGGGAUAAAUGGGGUCAUGUGACUGUCAUGCAGGGUGGCUUCCGCCAUUUUUUCAAACGUUUCAAAGUGGACUCCGUGGGCCUGAUGACCUACCUGUCAGGGUCAGGUGGCUCUAGUUCUAAGCCACGGCCUUCUACUGGCCAAGUAGCUACCCCGUCGAGCGCAACCACACCCCAGACGCCCAAUUGGGCAUCUCACAACGCGAACGCCUCUAUUCCAGCUACCUUCACAGGCAGCCCGAACGACAAUGGCACGAACAAGUACCCUGCUCCCUACAAAUGA